AUGUUGGGUGUUUCAAUGUGGAAAGUGUGGGUAAUCACAUGUGCUGGAUUGGCAACAAGCCAGCAGAUAACCAAGGACUUCCCGGCUGGGAACACCUUGUGUGACAGAACUGUCUGUAUGCAGAAUGAAACAUGCAGGCUGGUUCAAGCGUGCGCUGGGUCUGUGUGCCCACCCAAGAUUACGUGUCUGGACUGCGUCCCUAAAGGUGCAGAUGACGUGUGCGACAAAAAUGGAUUUUCUGCUUCUGUACUUAUCGGAUCGGCGACACAGCCCAGCACCCUGAUCGGCCGCGGUUGCGAUCCCAAUCAACCAGACGGGGAGCCCAACUGCCCUACUGACUCCCGAUGUGUGCCUGACGACAGCAGCAGCCGCGGCACCUGCUGCUACGGCAAGCAAGAUCCGGCCCAGCAAGUUGGCAUCACAACCUCCAACAACACCAACUUCUGCACCAGCGAGUGCGGCGAAUGUCGGCCGGAAUAUGUCUGCAGGAAGAUUUUAAUAGUCUGCAAAAAACUGCCGUGUCUGCCCAGAUUUAGCUGUGUCCAGAAAGAAAAGAAGGGGACCUGUCCGAGAUAUACAACCCUGGGCUCCAGCUGGUGCUCCAGAAACAAAAGAGUCCGCUGCAACAACGACUUUGAAUGCUUUGGCAGACAGAAAUGUUGCAGCGAUACAUGUGGUGGUCUGCGCUGCAAGAGACCGAGAAACUAA